ACACAGAUUAAAGAGGAACAGGAGGAACCAGAAUCCCAACAGAUUAAAGAAGAACAGGAGGAACCUGAACCACCACAGAUUAAAGAGGAACAGGAGGAACCAGAACCUAAAGAGGAGCAUGAAAGGCUCUGCAUCAAAAAGGAUGGGGGGAAGCUUUAUCUGAAGCAUGAGACUAACACUUUGAUAGUGAUUACUACUUAUGAGGAAAAUGUGCACAAUAAAGUAGAUCUCCAGAACAUUAAUGGAACUGAUAUUCAGGAUGAAGAAGGAAACCAUCAAGAAGAAUCAACAUCAACUACAAAUGAAGAGACAGAGCCACAGAAUAGAGAUCAGAGGAAGAGAAGAGACAGAAGUCAUGUCCAAAAUGUGGAUAGUUCUCACAUGUCAGAAAGUCAGUGUGACUCUGAUUUUGGAAAAAAAAGUAAGAAGGCAGCUUUGGUUAGGAAACACAUGCAAUCUAAAAAUAAAAAUAACUUUAUAAGGUCUGAGAAAAGAAAAAUAAUUGGACUCAAUGUGUCAAACAACAUGAGACCUGAGUCUGAUAAAAACUUGCAUCUCUGUGAGGAAUGUGGUAAAAGUCUUGGUUGCAAAGCCAAACUUAGAAUUCACAUGAGAACCCACACAGGAGAGAAGCCUUUUUCUUGUAGAGAAUGUGAUAGAAGUUUUUCCCAAAUAUUUGGUCUCAGAUCACACAUGAGAAUUCAUACAGGAGAUAAGCCUUAUUCUUGUAACAAUUGUGAAAAACGUUUUACUAAUGCAUCCAAUCUCAAAAUGCACACGAGAACUCACACAGGAGAGAGGCCAUUUUCUUGUAAAGAAUGUGAUAAAAGGUUUAGUCGAACAUCUGGUCUCAAAAGGCAUAUGGUAACACACAGCGUAGAGAAGCCUUUUUCAUGCCAAGAUUGUGAUAAAAGAUUUAACUAUUUACGUAAUCUCAAAGCACACAAAACAACCCACACAGGAGAGAAGCCUUUUACUUGUAAAGAAUGUGAUAAACAAUAUGUUCAUAUAUUUCAUCUCAAAAGACACAUGAUAACUCACAUAGGAGAUAAGCCUUUUUCUUGUAAAGAAUGUGAAAAAAGUUUUAGUCAUUUAUCUUGCCUUAAAAUUCACAUGAGAACUCACACAGGAGAGAAGCCUCUUUCUUUUAAAGAAUGGGAACAAAAAUUUGGUUGCUUAUCUUGUCUUAAAACACACAUGCGAACUCUCACAGGAGAAAAGCCUUAUUCUUGUAUAGAAUGUGAUAUGAGUUUUAGUCAAUUAUCUCAUCUUAAUUUACACGUGAUAACACAUACUGGAGAGAAGUCUUUUUCAUGUAAAUAAUGUGAUAAAAAAUGUUGUACUUCAUCCAAUCUUAAAACACACAUGACAACUCAAAGAGGGGAGAUGCCUUUUUCUUUUAAAGAACUUGGUAAAUAAUUUCAGGGAAAAGCCUCUACUCACAAAACAAAGGCAAACUCAUAGUAGAUAUAACGCAGAAAAUACUUAAAUGAUUUCAAAAGAGGAGGAGAAUUUUUGUUAAAAGAUAUAUAUACUUUUCAAAUAAAUAUUUUGAGGUUUACACAGACAACUACACAAAGGUUAAGAUAUGUUAACCCAUUUUUGUGUUCACUUUAUGUACAGAUAAUAGAAACCCAAAGAUAAUUUCUGAAAAUUACAUUAUUUUCAAAACGUCUUCAUAUUAAUAUUUAUUAGUAGUUAUUUUGAUUUAUGUAAAAAAAUAUACUUUGUCAUUAUUUUGUUAUUAGUCAUUUUCUUUUAUCAAGAUUACAAUACGUAGGGGAAUGAUAUAAAUAUGCUAGAAUUACACUUAAAUCCUCUAAUGCAAAGUAACUGACAUCACACAGGUGAUCCAAUGAUUUAAUGAAACUGUGAAUACACACAAACAUGACAAAAAUACUUUCUGUUAUGCCCCUUAUUACAAAGAAAACAGCUACUUUGACAUUUGCUCAAUGAAAUAGUUAUGAAACCACAACUGUAGGGGUUUCACCAGGAUAAAGUCUCAGUUGUCAUUUUUAUUUCUAAUUUGCAUAAAGUUCACAAGUUUUUUAAGAAAUGUAACAUGUUAAGUGUUAAAAAAAAUCUGUUUAACUUGUUUAGCUGUAUUUGCUCUGUUUUUCUUCUGUUUACUGACAGAUAAAUCUGAAGAAGAUACUUCAGUAAGCACAGAUUAUACUGUUAUGUACUGUUAAGAUUAAAAAUUCCUAAAAGUACUAUUCUUCAAAACCUAUUUGAAUGUUUUCUUAAUUUACAUUUUUUUCCCAAUUCAGUGUCAGUGUCAGUGUCAUUAGAAUGAUGUAGUUAUGAGCUAAUUACAAAUAAUUUAAUGAACUGUGGAAUUUUCAUAGAAAGUUUAAUUUGAAUUAUUUUGAGGAAUGUAUUCCAUUUUUAUUAUAGAAAGUUUAUUGGCUCUUUAUUUUUUGUUUUAGGGAUAUU